CUCUCCCUCUUGCUCUGGGUACCACUGAUUUGAAAUGCAGCCUCUGAGCAAGUGGCCGACGUAGCCAAGCCCAAGCAAAUCAUUUAACCUCAUGAAAAUACCAUCCCCAGUAAACAUCUAUUUUAAAACAUGCACAUUGUACUUAAUGCCCAGAGAAAACGUCAAACUCUGAUUGCACCGUCCCGAUCUAAUAAACCCAAAAACGCUGCUUUGACGUUUUGGAAACUGUUUUGUGAGAUUGCGAUCGAUGCUGAGGAGCUGGCUUUGAAGCCCAAAACAUUUUUUGCUUGUUUGUGUCUGGGUGAUGAUAGACAGAGUGUGUUUGCGUGUGUUUAAAGGGGAUUAAACAAGUUUCUCGACUGCUCUCUCCUCUUCUCUCUCUUCCUCCCUCCCUGCUUGGUGCUCUCAAGUGAUGGCACUUUUCUUGGGAAUGUUGAUUGUUCUGUCUGGGAUGCGAGGUAUGCGUGUCUUGUUAUGUGUGUGGCUUUGCUGUUUUGGUAUGUCUGAGCCGGGGCCCUGUGUUAAGUUUGGGACCCGCCGGUCACCCCACCAAGUUGCUGCCCUCUUCCACGGUGACAAUGUCCGGUGUCCACUACCACAAUACUUUUGUUUGUUUCCCUCUGUCCUUUUCUCUCACCCCGGGGCCUUAUUUCUUUUAUAGAAUGUAGAGACACAAAUGCAAUUCUGAAAGGCAUCACUUUGGUUUUUUUGGGUUUUUUGCAUCUGUUUUCAGCUUCGUGAAAAAGCGGGGAACGUGCAUAUAAACAAACCCUAUGUUUUUCAUCCCAUCAGCAUUUGAACUCGAAGUCGCUCUGGAUUUUUGAGGUGGAGAGCUUGACCACAAGUUGCUUCGUGAAGGCGAAGCCUGUCUGAAAGGUCUGUGGGAGACGAGAGAAAGCUCCAGUGGAGAGAGAAGGAGAGAGAAAGAGAGUCCAGUGGCACUGUUUUUCGGAGGAAAUGCCAGUGUCUAUUUGAUUUAAUAAAAAGAAAAUCUUUGAGACCUAAUAUUGCUAUUUUUGGGCAUAUUGCGGCAGAGGACCCUGGUGGAGCACUACAACUAUAUCAAAGGUGAGAGGUAGUCCGGAUCCCAAGGUGUGCUGGUACAGGAAUGGGCAGGCGGUGGUAGCGGGGGAUCGCCUCUCCAUGGAGCAGAGCAGCCGCGGGACCUUCAGCCUGGUGCUCCAGAACGUCCAGGAGGAGGACGCCGGGCGCUACACCUGCGAGGCCGCCAAUGAGGCCGGCAGCCGCCAGGUCACCGUGGAGAUCAUCGUAGAAGGUAACGCCACAAAGAAAUAUGGACUUCCUUCCGGCAGCAGAACAACGGGGGGUCGUUUUGGAACUCCUGCUGUGGAGAACCGACCGAGCAUCUGGGGGGAGAGUCCCCCCAAGUUUGUGACCAAACCUUCACGCCUGUUCCUGCGCCUGGGACAGAGUGGCAAGUUCUCAGCCAAGAUCACUGGCCGUCCUCAACCGCAGGUGACCUGGCUCAAGGGAGAGGAGGAGCUGCAGGCCUCCAGCCACAUCAACAUGUUCGAGAGGUCCGGCAUGCACUUCCUGGAGAUCCGCGAGGCGGCCCCGGAAGACGCCGGAACGUACACGUGCUCCGUCUCCAACAGCGCGGGCAAGGCCAUGGCAUCGGCAGAGCUGAAUGUUCAAGGUUCGGGUACAGAGUCAAGCACCCGAGGGGCCUCUGAAAGCAGCUCGUCCCCAAAACCAGCACCACCAGCACUGGCACCAUCAGCAGCACCAGCAGCAGCGACACCAGCAGCAGCGACAGCAGCAGCAGACGUGCCUUCAACCAGCCAUACAAGCAACGGCCUGCCAAGUGACCAGCAGAAGACCAGCAGAACACAGUUAGAGGUUUCAGAGCGCAAAAAGACCCAGAGUACUGCAACCACUGUCAUUGUCACCAAAGACACUCGAGAUGUCACCCAGACACGAACAGCGGAAGGGCGGAGGGAAUUGGCCCCGUCCCCAAAGCUCUCCUCCUCGCACACAGAGCCUAAAGAUGAAGGCACCAGGAGAGUAGAGUCUCCGUUAAAGAGCUCCGCAGCCAGCCCGGCCUCCAGCAUAAGCUCCAUGCAGCCAGGGAGAGGCCAGCAGAAGUCUGGCCCAGUGGCAGACACGCAGGCAUCCAGAGGCUCUGGCAGGGUGGGUAGGAGUGUGGGUGUGGGUGCGGGUGUGGGUGCGAGUGCGGGUGCUGGCGAGCUCCGGAGCCCUGGCCGAGCAUCAGGGGCCUCAUCCCCAUCGGAGCCCAGCAGAGACGCCCUGAGGCUGGGCAGAGACAGAGACAUCCGGGCAGCCUCACCGGUCGGAGCCGCUCCAAGAUUCGAGCUGCAACCCCAGAGUCAGGAUGCCUUGGAGGGCACCAAGGUUGUGUUUAAGUGUCAAGCGUCGGGCUACCCGGUGCCAACCGUGAGCUGGCUGAAGGAUGGCCUCACCGUCAGGUCCCGUCCGGGGCUGAGCGUGCAGCAGGAAGGGGCAGACGUCCACCUGCUGUGCCUGCAGAGGGCACAGAGGAGCGACGCUGGCCAGUAUGGCUGCACCGCCACCAAUGCCCGCGGGAAGGUGUCCGCCACCUGGAUGCUCCACGUGAAGAGAGCUCGAGCGGAGGGGAAAGCGCCCGUUUUCAGCAGCCUGAUCAAGGGCUGCACUGUGACCAGCGGGCAGGACUUCACCUUGCAGUGCUCCGUGGAGGGCAGACCAGUGCCCACCGUUUCAUGGCUGUUGGAUGAUAAACCGUGCCAGCAUGCCCAGGCUGUGUUCGAGCGAGGCCUGGCACAGCUCACGGUGAAGGGGGCGCUGCCAGACGACGCGGGCGCCUACUCCUGCGUGGCCGAGAACGAGCACGGCCGGGCCGAGUGCUCUGCCAUCGUUCACGUCAAAGAGAAGCCCAGUGCCAAGAGGACUAAGGCUGUGCCGGUGGUGGACCCGAGCAGGCCCGCAGCGCCCGUGUUCCUCAGGGGCCUGGAGGACUUGAAGGUCAUGGACGGCAGUCAGGUCAUUAUGACGGUGGAGGUGGCAGGUAACCCUACGCCAGAGGUGGUGUGGCUCCACAACGGCAAGGAGAUCCAGGAGUCUGAGGACUUCCAUUUCGAGCGGAAUGGGAGCCGCUGCACCCUGUUCAUCCAGGAAGUGUUCCCCGAGGACACCGGGACGUACACCUGCGAGGUGUGGAACGAGGUGGGGGAGGCCCGCUCCGAGGCCUGCCUCACGGUCCAAGAGCCCCAGGACGGCGUCCAGCCAUGGUUCAUCACCAAGCCCAAGUCUGCCACCGCCUCCCUGGGUCAGAACGUCUUGCUGUCCUGUGCCAUCGCGGGGGACCCCUUCCCAGAGUACGUGUGGAUGAAGGACGGCCAGGAGGUGACAGCUGGGGUGGACUUUGACAUCCUUCAGAAGGAGGACGUGGUCUCUCUGCUCAUCCGGAGGGUCAGGCUCCAUCACGCCGGCGACUACGAAGUCUGCCUGAAGAAUAAAGUUGGAGACUGCAGCUGUGUGGCCACCCUGCUGGUGAACGAGGGAAGCUCCCCAGGGGAGGACGCUGAGAGAGGGGAGGGGAUCGGUGGUGGUGGUGGUGCUGGUGCUAGUGGUGGAGGGUCAGUGGGAGGAGUGGACAGGACAUCGCAAUUCAGAGGAGGUGGUGCGCGAGAGGGACACAGCAGAGCAGCGGACAGCAACAGCAGAGGAGCAAGCCGCACAGAGCAGCAGCCCCAGUGGAGGCAGAAGCAGCAGCAGAAGCAGCAGCAGCAGGAGCAGCAGCAGGAGCAGAGGAGACAGGAUCAGCAGCAGCAGGGCCAUCCGCAGCACAGGGAACAGGCAGAGGAGGAGGAGGAGGAGGAGGAGGAGGAGGCUUCCUUGGAGGAGGAGGAGGAGGAGGAGGAGGAGGAGGCCGGAGGAGCAGGAGCAGGAGUAGGGAAACGAGGGCUCCUGAAGAGGCGCGUGGAGACGCGGGAGAGCCGCGAGGACCAGAUCCGGCAGCUGGAGCCGCAGCAGCUGGACUUCCGCACGGUGCUGGGCCGCAAGGUCAACACCAAGAGCGUCUCCGAGGAGGACCUGAAGGAGAUCACCGCCGAGCAGAUGGAUUUCCGCGGCAACCUGAAGGGCAGCCAGGUGACGCCCAAGACCCAGUCGGAGGACGAGCGCAAGGGCAAGGCCCCGCAGCAGGUGGACUUCAGGUCCGUGCUGGCCAAGAAGCCCGGGGGAGGCCCCCCGGCCCCGGGGGGGCCCACGCCGCCCGCCGCUCCCCCUAAGCCCUCCGCCAAGGGGAACCCACCAAAGAACGGGGAGAGCCCAGCGGCGCCAGUGGCCAACUGUGUGGAUGGAGGAGGAGAUGGUAAGGUGCCAGAGUUCACGCAGAAGCUGAGCGACGUGACGGUGCUGGAUGGGCAGCGGCUGAGGCUGGAGUGUCAGCUGAGCGGGGACGCUGCUGCCGCCACCAGUGUCGCUUGGACUCUAGAGGGGAAGACCAUCAAGCCGUCCAAGUUUAUCGUUUUGGCCAAUGAGGGGGGAAAGUGUUCCCUGACCAUUGACAAGGCCUUGCCUGAGGAUGAGGGCCAGUACACAUGCCGGGCGGAGACCGCAGCGGGGAAGGCAGAGUGCUCCUGCACAGUGCUGGUGGACGAUCCUGCGGACAAAAACACCUCGCCAGCUGACAAGAAGAGCAAGAAGCCCUGCGCUCCUACCACAGAGAAUGAAGCCAGAAUAAAGAAAGCCGCUCCGAAAACAGGCCCUAAACAAGGCCCCCCUCCUCCUCAGAUCCAGCAGUUCCCAGAUGACAUGAAGAUCCUGGCCGGACAGCCGGUGGAGAUUCUCUGCAAGUUCAUUGGAGCCCAGCCCAUCACCUGCACCUGGCUGAAGUUCCGAAAGCCGAUCCAGAUGGACGAUGUGCUAAUUGAGACCACGGACACCAGCAGUAGGCUGUACGUCCCGGAGAGCCAGGAGGAGCACUGCGGCUGCUACACCAUCGAGGUCAGGAAUGGCGGGGGCAUGAGACAAGCCGCCCUCAACCUCACCAUUGUCGAUAAACCUGACCCUCCUGCACGCGUGCCCAUCAUUUCGGACGUCGGCAAGACCACUCUGAACUUGCAGUGGCGCGGGCCGUCCUACGACGGGGGCAGCGCCGUGCAGUCCUACACCCUGGAGAUCUGGGACUCGGUGGGCAAGCAGUGGAAGGACCUGGCCUCCACACCGGACACCUACUAUUCCGUCACGAAGUUGACGGCCGACCGCGAAUACAAGUUCAGAGUCCGGGCCAUCAACAUCUACGGCACCGGGGAUCCCAGCGCCGAGACAGAGCCGGUCAGCGUGGGAGUGGAGGAAGAGGAGCCUGAAGAGGAGCCGGUGUCGGAUGAAGAAAAUGAGAAAGUACCAGACUACAAAACAGUGUCUAUCAGGACUGACCUGAACGUGAAAGACCUCUACAAUGUUGAGGACAGGCUUGGAGCGGGGAAAUUUGGAACAGUAUUUAAACUGACUGAGAAAGCCACAAAGAAGGUAUGGGCCGGGAAGUUCAUCAAAGCCUACUCUGAGAAGGAGAGGAAGGAGGUGAGGGCAGAGAUCGGCAUCAUGAACGACCUUCACCACCCCAAACUGGUACAGCUGGUGGAUGCUUUUGAGUUUGACGCAAACAUGGUCAUGGUUUUAGAAAUGAUCUCCGGUGGGGAGCUGUUUGAGCGCAUCAUAGACGAGGACUUUGAGCUGUCGGAGAGGGAGGUCAUCAAAUACAUGCUGCAGAUCAUCGACGGGGUCAACUUCAUCCACAAGCAGGAGAUCGUGCACCUGGACCUCAAGCCAGAGAACAUCAUGUGCGUCAACAAGACCGGCAGCAAGAUCAAGCUCAUUGACUUCGGCCUGGCCCGUAGACUAGCCAAUGCAGGAACGCUCAAAGUUCUGUUUGGGACGCCAGAGUUUGUAGCUCCAGAGGUAAUCAACUACGAGCCCAUUAGCUACCCCACAGACAUGUGGAGCAUAGGCGUCAUCUGCUACAUCCUGGUAAGUGGGCUCUCACCCUUCAUGGGUGACAAUGAUGGUGAGACGCUGGCUAAUGUCACUUCCGCCACCUGGGAUUUUGAAGACGAGGCUUUCGAUGACAUUUCAGAUGUAGCCAAGGACUUCAUCAGCCAGCUCCUGAAGAAGGACAAGAGUGCCCGUAUGUCGUGCGAUCAAUGUCUGGAGCACCCCUGGCUGAAACAGGACACCAAGACCAUGGAGGCCAAGAAACUAUCCAAGGAGCGGAUGAAGAAAUACCUUCUGAGGAGAAAGUGGCAGAAAACGGGACAUGCCUUGCGUGCCAUUGGCAGACUGUCCAACAUGGCGAUGAUGGCAGGCGUCCACGCCAAGAAAGGCUCCCCCACAGAAGAUGAUAACCAGCUCCUGGAUGCUGCAGACGCGGACAGGACACCUGUGAAGCCCAGCUUCAGCUCCACCAUAAAGGACGUGGAGGUGGUGGAAGGCAGCGCUGCACGGUUCGAGUGCAAAAUUGACGGCUUCCCGGAUCCUGAAAUAGUUUGGUUCAAGGACGAGCAGCCCCUCAAGGAGACACGGCACCACCAGAUUGACUACGACGAGGAGGGCAACUGCAUCCUGGUCAUCUCCGACGUGUCCGGGGACGACGACGCCAAGUACACCUGCAAGGCCAUGAACAGCCUGGGGGAGGCCAGCUGUACCGCCGAACUCAUAGUGGAGGUCAUGGGAGGAGGCGCGGAGGAGGAGGAGGAGGAGGAGGAGGAGGAGGAGGAGGAAGAGGAGGAAUAAUCGGUACAGGAUCAAUAUAAGGACAGAUUACGGAAGACUUUCGUGUCUCAUUUAAACACUACUUUUUGUUUACUAGUUGCUUUUUUGUUAAGGCACUCACUCUCUCUGGGAAAAAACAGACUGUGGUUUUAAAACGAAGAUGGGCUUUUUGAUCACUCUUUUGUGACGUUUUGUGCACUUUCAAAUCUUUCCUUUUGUUUUCCUUUGGGUUUUUAUUUGCUUUUCUUCCCAACAUGUAUUCAACAAUAGCGAAACAAGAUAUCAGAUAUACAUAUUUAUAACUUAACCAUGAAAUAACCCACAUUCCAGCUGGUAUGUUUAGCCAACUAUUUAAAGGUUUUCUGUGACUUAUCCUCACCAUCAUGAGUUUUGUCCCAUACAAACAAGCCUUAAUCUCACAAGUGUGUGUGUGCGUGUGUGUGUGUGUGUGUUGUGUUUUCAACACUGAAGUAUUGGACAUUGGCCAAUCUCCCUUUAAGAGGCUUUUCAUUAGAUCAGCUUUAAGCACAAGUAUCCAUAUUGUUGUCUGUGCAUUGGUUUUGGAGGCACUUACGAACGUUUUCACUACUUUUUCCGGUUUCAUUCCUUGGAAGCAAAAUGUUGCGAUAACACAGUUAGACCCAUGUUUUAUAUUAGAUGUAUGUAGAUUAUAUUUUCCCCAAUUUUUAUAAAAACCUACCAGUUUGACAAAGUUCAGAUUACAGUGUAAUGAGAACUCUGCAGUUGUAGUUACUCACUGUUAUAGAAUAAAUUUUGUCACAAAAUA